UCUCCUUCUUUUCCGGUGCGCUCUUUUGGGUGACCGUGUCUUGUUUAGUUUUAGCUGCUGUUGAAUCUUUCUCCAUCUUCCACAAUGAAGAUUUAUAAGGAUAUUUUCACCGGAGAUGAGAUGUUCUCCGAUACCUACAAAAUCAAGCUGAUAGACGACGUGCUGUAUGAAGUAUAUGGCAAGUUAAUUACCCGUAGGUCGGGUGACGUUGAAAUCGCUGGUUUUAAUCCGUCUGCCGAGGAGGCUGACGAAGGUACCGACGUAGCGGUGGAGUCUGGCGUGGACGUUGUGUUGAACCAUCGCCUUCAGGAAACAUUUGCCUUUGGAGAUAAAAAGUCUUACACGUUAUACCUCAAAGACUACAUGAAGAAAUUAGUGGCGAAGCUAGAGGAAAAGUCACCUGAUCAAGUAGAGGUUUUUAAAACAAAUAUGAAUAAAGUUAUGAAGGAUAUCCUAAGCCGCUUUAAGGAAUUGCAAUUUUUCACCGGUACUUCAAUGGACAUCGAUGGAAUUGUGGGCCUCAUGGAGUACCGUGAGAUCGAUGGCGAUUCUGUGCCUGUACUCAUGUUUUUCAAGCACGGUCUUGAAGAAGAAAAGUUCUAAGUAACCCUUAGAUACUCAAUAAAUUGGACAAAUUUUAUAAACCGAAAAUCAAGACUGCACACAUGCUGGAAAGCUGUGAAAUUUAGUUUAAAAAAUGUGAAACCAACAGUUCGACUUCCAAUCUUAAUUUGCAAUGCAACUAACUUACAAUACAUUCAAUAAAAUCUCCGUUAGUGACUAUUUCUUGAUAACUAAUUGUACAUAUUCUGUAACAUGAGGGAAAGUGGCAACAGGAUUCUUCAUAACAAUGUGCAAGCAAUUAGUUGUGAAAGAUAUAUGUAAUAAUGUUUUCGUGUCCAAUUUCGUAUUAGGUAAUUUUAUUUAUAUAUAUUGAAAAAUGGAAGAUGGGGAAAGAACUUGCAGUGAUGGACUUACAUCGAUGAUGUAACGAUUAUGUUAAUAUCCAUAUUAAGUGGCAAUUUCUGAACCAUAUUCGACUUUAAUAUGUCCAUCGUAAAUAAAAAAAAAAUUUUUUUCGAUAA